ACGCAGUUAGCAUUUGCUUUUAUAUUCAGUACCUGGCUGGUAUUCAAAAUAAAAGAGUCCCGACCACCAAAUGUGGUACAUAGUAUGCAUCUGUAUUAUUUCCUGUUCAUAGCAAGCAUAUGAAUCAGAUACGUUGUGGUUUAAAAACAUUAUGGAAUAAUACAAACAUUUUGGCUAUCUUCACAGAAGCACAACAAAACAAUGCCAUUUAAUGAGCCAAAUUAUCCAAAUUUGUGUGUAAAUAAUUUUAUGUAGAACCAAUUUAAUACACUUUAUAUGUUAUUAAGUUCUAUUCUCUUGACCGCAACUGUGUUGCACACACACACACACACACAGCGAUUUUGCGGGUGUGUGGGUGGACAUUUACAGUUAAACAAUUGCAGCGAAAUUGCAGCGGUUUAUUAGUCAGAAAUGAGGAAAGAGAAAUCAUUUUAUGGCAACUGCAACAGUAAAUCAACAACCGAAUUAGAUUCAAAAAUUAUACUAUUUGUUUAAAUUGCAUAUAUGUCAGUGUGUAUGUAUGUAUGUAUGUAUGUAUGAGUGCUACCUGCUGAAAUUACAAUAGAAAAUACUAUCUAUACAUUGUCAACGGUGAUGUUAAUAACAAAGUGGCACAACUCGGAAGGUAUUUAGUUCUAGACGCCAGAAAUACAUUAUUUAUGUUAUUUAUACGCAUUUUAAAUGUCAGUGGCUGUAAUGAAACAUGUUAAAAAGGGCAUUACAAAUUCUGAAGGUUAAAUCGAGUGACGGAAACCACAUAUGCAUACUAUACAUACUAUAUGUACCUUCAGGGUGUUGUGUAAUUAUUGCAAGCUUGUAAACUGCAGUAAUACGAAUUCCUAAAGCUGAAAACUACUGAUGGAAUAUUCAAAGUCUAUGUAAUGUAUUUUUAAUCGUUUUAAGCCACAGCAAAAGAGGCUAGUGACGAAAGCCACACGACGGGUGUCAAGUUACAGUUAAUAUGUGCAUGGCCGACCGUACUGGUCACAACCUGUUACCUUUUUCACACACUUUCGACGUUUUUGGCAUCGUUUUGGCUUUUUUGAUUAAUUGCAGUGUUUCGCAAUUGUGCAUACAUACAUAUGUACAUAUGCAUGUACAUGCAUAUGGCUGACUACUGGCUGUCAUUCCUUGCACAAAUGCAAAUAUGUGCGGAUAAAUUAGAAAAAUAAUCAACGCCGUCUGAAUAAAUAUAGCGCUAACAAUCACCGCAACGGUUGCACAAACAGACGGAUGGACGGACGGACUAACUGACGGAUAAGUACAGUACAGUAACUGCUACCAGUCGUCUGCCAGAGACGUAUUGACUGACUGACUGACUAACUGACUAACAGAUAGACUAACUGACAGACUGACUAACGGACAGACUGACUAACGGACAGACUGACUAACGGACAGACUGACUAACAGACUGACAACUGCAGAGUGUGGCGGAGUAAAACAAUACGAGCCAAUAACACGUGCGUCCUGCCAGGCGAACAUCAACCAUCCGCCCCGUGGUACCGCCACAUAUACACAUACAUAUGUAUGUACAUACAUAUAUACAGCUGCAAAUUAAAGUCAGCUGUCGCUUCCAAAUUGAACAGGCGAUGGAAUGACGCAAAAAAUUAACCUGCCGCCUGCUUUUAAACCAAUGCGAAUCUAGUUGAAUACGUAAACGAACCAGAACGAAGUCAAAUGGAAAAUUCUUAAGCGAUUCUUUAGGAGAGUUGAAAACAAGUCGCCAUUUUUGGGUUUAAUCUAAUCAUAAUGUUAUUAGAGUUUAUAUGUAAGGAAGUUUAAUUUUCAGCUCAUAACACACAAAAUGAAGAAGUCAGCGUUGUUGCGUUCUCAAAAUCAAUUACUUGCCAACAAAGUCAGUUAACGACUCAGUUUCAUGUUGGUUCAGUUCACGAAAAGACAUUAAAAUCACUCGAAGACAAUUACAACCGAAAACUGAUUACAGUUUUAUGGUCAACACUUUGUGCAACUUUGAAAUUGACAGUAACAGUCGAUAGUAAAACGCUGAAAAACAUUCGCUGAACAACGACGAUUCUGGCAUACUGAUAUUUUAAUAACAAAGUUGCUUUUAUGCAAAUAUAAAUUUGAUAUACACACACAUGUGUGUGUGCUAAUUUUUAAUUAUUAAACGAGUUUCGCGAAUUGGAGAGAACAACAUUUUAUCAUUGCCUACACAGCUAAUUUCAUGCAUAUAAUUCAUUUGUUUGCCUGUUGUUGGGUUUUUAUGGCUUUGCGCAUAUUUUUGCGUUUACACGAUCGCAUCAACACACCCUCAACCAGGGGCUAAAUGUUCGACAUUCCUGGCCGAACGUGUCCCCCAUCUUACACUCGACGAAAUAGGGAGGGCCUUCCCCCCUUCCAACCCACCGGGAAAAAAAAAAGAGUAUGAAUGCUUGGUAGAAGACAACGGAAAUUGUAGGUGAAACAUCGCCAAGCGGGCUAAUGAAAUACAACUUUUUGUUUACAAAGUCUGUGCUACUUUUUCGCCGAUAUCAGAACUACAGUGGGCACUCGAAUAAACGAACUGUCUAUUAUUGUUUCUAGCUCAAAAAAAGAUUGAAUUAAAAUUUAGUUAUUGUGUUUAUCAUUGAUUAUAAGCUAGAAUUAAAUAAUUAGCUCUUUGAAAUCAUUAACAAUUCGUAUUCAGUUUUUAAAAGUUUCCGCGGUGACCACAGCCACCUGUUGCGAUCUGUUACACAUCUGGUAUAUAUAGAAAUGUAUAUUUACCUAGAAUGUGUAUCUUUGACUGCUUAUUAAAAGGCAAUUAUGCGAACGAUUCGUUUUUUUUUGUGCGUUUUUUCCGCCUGCGUACUGCAGCCUUGUAUUAUAUUGUUUAAAAUCAAUUUAAAUAUAUAAAGAUACUCCUCCAGAUCGUGUGUGAGUUUCUCUACGAAUCUGUUUAAGUAUCCAAACAACAUGAAAAUUUCCACAAUAGUUUCCAAUCAAUUAAAUUAGACACCAAUUAGACAACAACGGCGUCUUGUUUCAUUUAAUACCUUAAUUAAUGGCACAUAAAAUGUUACGGAUUUUAUUGAAUUAAUUCCGGCUGUCAGAUGAACGAUAUGUGUGCAUUGCACUGCCAUAAUAGAGGGGCUCGUCCCCAAUGUGCAAUUUAUUGUGUGCCACGUUGUACACACACAUUAAUGUGCAUAAAUGGGCAUGUCUUCAUUUUGUAUGAAGCACGGCUCACAUGUCGGCGUAAUUAUAUAAGCACUCGUUACUGAAAUCUCCCGAGUGCAAUAAUGUGCAGAAUGUGCAACGGUGGGCGCCACAAAUCGGUAGUUGUGCGAAAGUGAAGUCAGUUUAUGGUCCGUCUUGUUUGAUCGUAGCUGGUUUGUGACUUUUUCAGUAAUAAAAACUUGAUCUUAUAAGUAUUAGUACUAUAGAAUAUAAUAAUGAACCAUAUUUAUUGUUCAGCACCUAUUUAUAGUUUUAUGCAAACCGUUGCCAACCGAUGAUCGUUAACCAAUCAAAUGGAUUUUUGGUUUAUUCAUUCAUAUGGAAACCAAGUUUUAGAUCGCAAUAUUUGGCUGGUGGAUAAUAACAAAAAAAAAACAUUCUAAAUAAAUAAACCCAUUAAAACAGAUAUACUAUUUUAAUGACAGUAAAAAUAUUCACGAUAAUAACAGACCAAUUUUGGAAUAGUAUUAUCUAUUUUAAUUGAUGGUGAUGAAACGUUGUUAAUGUAUACAUCAAUAAUCUAACCACCAGCAAGCUUUGUUUUUCCACUGUCGUUUUCCUGCUUAUUGCCGAUUUGGUCGUGGAGUUUAUAGCCUGAAUGUAAAAUGUAUUGUCUGUGCUGAACCGAUACUCCAAAGUGUACAAAAAUUAAUACUUGGAAAACAAUAUAAUAACUGCAUUUUUCUAUAUACACCAAAAUAUAUAAUGACAGUCAAGUGGCAUUUUUUCGUCGCUUUUCUAAUGUUUACUACAUACUACUUGGCAGAGGUUUAUGCCCUAGUGGAAUUUACAAACGUACAGUGCGAGUCUCUGGAUAAGGACUUUGCCUUAUUUGAAUAUUGUUAUCUGAAAUCUGUGAACCGAUCUUACAAAUAUUGUUCCCUUAAAGUUAAGCUCCUUCAGCUACCCGUAACCAAAGUUAAGGUGCGUUUUGGCCUCUAUAAACGUCUAAAUGGCUAUAUCCCAUUUCUCUACAAUAUGACUUUAGACGCGUGCAGAUUCCUAAAAUCGGCGAAUCCCAAUCCGAUUGCUAAUUUCUUUUAUAGUUUUUUCAAAGAGCACUCCAACAUAAACCACACUUGUCCCUAUACCCAUGAUAUUGUGGUGGAUCAGAUGUUAUAUAAUCAUAUAAAUAAUAAGGUCACCAAAAUACUGCCGUUUCCAGAGGGAAGCUAUAUGUUCGAAGUGCACUGGCUUGCCUACGACAUUGAUCGAGCUAUAACUAAGUUCUAUUGGUCACUUACUUGAGAAGAAACAGCUAACAAAAAUCAAUGACAAAACACCAUAAAAAUACUAUUGUAAUGCAAAUAAUGUUUCGUAAUUCUUUGUAUCUGAAAUCUACUUGCCUAAUCUCAACUUAAUAGCUUUUACAGAUCCUUAGAUCAUAACGUUCAUACGGACGGACAGGAGUAUCUUUAAACUUUGAUGGCGUAGCUUCCGAUUUCGGAAGGUUGAAAACCAAAAACGAGAACCUGCAGAGGAUUCAAAUUCAAAUUAGCACUCAGCCAGAGAGCGGCAUUAAUAAUUUAGUGGGCCGAAUGCCGUAAUGACCAAAUGAUUGGAAGGGCGACGUCACGUCGGUGGUUUUGUGGCUGGUUGUUUGCGCGGUUGCUAAUCGAGCAUUUGACGCAUCAAAUUGAACGCAAGCGUUUUAAUGGAUAUGCAUUGACAGUUGCAAUAAAUUUGCGACAUAGUUAUUAACCUCAAUUUUAAUGCAAAUAAAACAGUUUGACCGCGUAAUGAACACAGCCGCGCACACACGGCAUAUACUGGCACACAUGUGUUUCUGCCUCCAUCGCCAUGUCAAUUGUAAUUUGUGCUAAUGUUUUUGCACAAUUUAUGGCAAUAAAUAUAUAUUGGCACGCGUUUAUACGCCUCCAUUAAAAGUCGCAAACGUGCAAACUGUUGGCAUUCAACUAUAAAGUAUUUGUAAGGAAAAUAUUCUCCCUGCUCUUGGCCUUAGAAGUUCAAGUUUAGGGACUUUUAAUAACAAGACACAAAUAAUCGAAUGAGUUGGACACUUUAUCUAUUUUGUAAAUAGACUCACAAAUGGUAUAUUAUAAUGUUUAAAAGCUAGCUUUCUGUUGAACUAGGCAGUCAUUGUUAUCGCAUUUAUCGUUUAUUUGCUUAUCGGUAGCACAAGUUCUUGGAAUAAAUUAUUAUCGAAACCAGUAAUUCAUAAAAGGCUUGGCCGUUUGCGCAAUUCGCACUAUUUUCGAAUAUAUAAUCAUUUGAUCUUGACCUUAUCGUCGAUAAGGUAAUUGGCCUAAAUUCUCGCUCUUAUCGCAAACUCGCUUAUCGCCGGAUUUACAUAAGUUGUUGGCCACACAAAUUGAAUACCCACACAUAAUCGAUCAGACGACUGGCGGGCAUUUAAUGCAUUUUAUGCGUCUACUUCAAGCGAAGCGAAAUGAACAACAGCGGAAAAUAACAACACCAACUGGUAAAAACAAUUUGUUCAACCCAUUAACUUGGCAUUUAAUAGCCCACUUGGCCUCACUUAUUGACGCUUUGUACAGGUGUCAGUCCUAUAGAGACAAACUUUUUCCGCUUGCCUUCUGUUUUUUUUGUUUUUUUUUGUCCAUUUCUCUGCAAUUGUUAUUUUCGUUCACGUUCCGCUUCUUUGGUAUUUAUUUUUCGUUUUAGACGGACAUGGCUAGGCGGGGAUUGCGGUUUAAAAUUCAGGCUGGCAUUGUUGUACGUUGGUCGGUGGUUUAUAUCAUGCGAUAAACAUGUGUGCCAGGUCUGGCCACCCACAAAAAAAAAAAAACAAAAAAAACCAAAACCAUAAAGGAGGAAAAAAAAACUGCCCAACCACCCACACGUUUGUAAUAUUUCGAGCGAAACUGAAUGUGAAUCCAUAAAUUCAGCAUUCUGUAUUCGCAAUGUUUAUCCAACAAGUAAAUACAUGCAUGCCUGCAUCUUUUGCGUUCGA